AUGUCAGAUGUGUCACACACAAGUGAAGUCAUAUUUGAACUAGUGGACAAAGCAAUUGAAGACAUUGGUCUGGAUGAUGUGGUGCAAGUAGUGACAAACAAUGCUUCUAACAACAUGGGAGCAAAGAAGCUAUUGCUUGAGAAGAUACCAAACAUCUUUUGGACCUCUUGUGCAACUCACACAAUCAAUUUGAUGCUUCAAGGAAUUGGCAACAUGCCACGGUUCAAGAAGGUGAUUGACCAAGCAAAGGCAAUCGCCAUAUUUGUCUAUGGGCACACAAGAACAUUGGAGUGCUUGAGACACUUCACAGAGGGGAGAGAGAUAAUAAGGCUAGGAGUGACUAGGAAGAUGAAAGGAAGACUUGAUUCUCCAUUGCAUUUGACUGCCUAUCUGCUAAAUCCAUACUACAGCUAUGGUAACCCAUCAAUCUUUGAUGAUGCCACAAUAACAGAAGGAUUUAUCAAUUGUGUAGAGACUUUUUAUCAUCAUGAUGAGGACAAGCAAGAUCAGACUGUCAACACUGAACUAAAGAAGUUUCAUAAUAGAGAAGGACCAUUUAACAAAAAGCUUACAAAGACUUGUGAAAAAUUUGAUUACAACCUAGGUAGAGGUUUUCUGUAUGAGGAUGGAGAUGAUUGUGCAACAGUUGUCUAUAGAGAUGAGGAAGAUGAGGAGAUGGAAGGUAAAGGGAUACCUUGGUCUGUUAUUGGAGAAGCAGUGGGAGCAGAACAACAACUUGAGCUGCAUAGAAGUGCAAGAGUGAGACAACUUCAUGAAGGAGAAGAAUUUGACUCAGAAGAAGAAGAAGAGUUUGAUGAAGAUGAAGAUGAAUUUAUGGAACCCUAUUGA